CUCCUCUCCUCUCCUCUCCACACACACGUGACAGGCGGCCGGUCGACAUGCUCUCCCUCGGAAAACACUCCUCUGUGGCACCCCUCCUGUUUCUUCUUGUCCUCCUUUAUUCCGUGUCCGUCCCGGUCCAUCCCAGGAAGCUCUUCAGAUGUCCUUCGACGUGCACUUGCGCCAAGGAGUCCAUCAUCUGCGUGGGUUCCUCGUACGUCCCACGGAUCGUCCCCAACGACAUCUCCUCCCUGAGCAUCGUCAAUGGGACCUUCUCAGAGAUCAAGGAAGCCAUGUUCGCCCACAUGCCCUCUUUACAGCUCCUGCUUCUAAACUCCAAUUCAUUUACCGCUGUAAAGGAUGAUGCAUUUUCUGGGCUCCCGCAUCUUGAGUACCUAUUUAUAGAGAGUAAUAAGAUUGAGACGACAUCAAGAUAUGCUUUCAGAGGGCUUCGGGAUUUGACCCAUCUGUCUCUGGCAAACAACAACAUCAAGUUUUUGCCAAGGGAUCUCUUCAACGACCUGGACUCGCUAAUUGAGCUUGACCUGCGUGGCAAUGCGUUUGAGUGCGACUGUAGGGCCAAAUGGCUGAUGAGCUGGCUAAGGACCACCAAUGCCACGGUGUCUGAAGUUGUCUGUGAGGGGCCAGAUGAAAUGAAGGGCAAGCGCCUGAAUGACCUGGCCAGCCUCCAAGAUGACUGCAUCUCCACAGACUUUAUCCUACAUCAGUCUGUGGCCUCAGAGUCUCUGUCUGUGGACACGUUCUCCUACAAGAAUGGUGUGUAUGUAGCCAUAGCGGCGCCCAACAUAGAGAGCUGUAUGAUCAUGGAAUGGGACCAUAUUGAGAUGAACUUCCGGAGCUAUGACAACAUCACCGGACAGUCCAUUGUUGGGUGCAAGUCUGUCAUCAUCAACAAUGACGUAUUUGUCAUCGUGGCCCAGCUUUUCGGCGGCUCCCAUAUCUACAAGUUUGAUGAAGACCAGAGCAAAUUCACCAAGUUCCAGGACAUUGAGGUGUCCAGGAUCUCCAAGCCCAAUGAUAUUGAGGCCUUCCAGAUUGGGAGUGACUGGUUCUUUGUGAUUGCUGAUAGCUCCAAAGCAGGCCUCUCCACCCUUUACAAGUGGAAUGACAAAGGCUUCUACUCCUGGCAGUCUCUUCAUGAGUGGUUCCGGGACACAGAUGCUGAAUUCAUUGACCUGGACGGCAAGGCCCACCUGAUUCUGGCCAGCCGUUCCCAGGUCCCAGUCAUUUACCAAUGGAGCAGAAGCUCUCAGAAGUUUGCACUGCAUGGUGAGAUCCCCAACAUGGAGGAUGUGGUGGCUGUCAAGGCCUUUUAUAUUAAGGAGGAGCUUUACUUGGCCAUGACCCGCUACAUUGGUGAUUCCAAAGUCCUCCGGUGGACCACCAGGCAGUUCGCAGAGGUACAGGCUCUGCCCUCCCGUGGCUCCAUGGUCAUGCAGCCAUUCUCCUUCAAGGACCGACACUACCUGGCGCUGGGCAGCGACUUCACCUUCUCGCAGAUACACCUCUGGGACUCGGAUAAGAAAACUUUCGAGAGGUUCAAAGAAGUCUACAUCCAGGCUCCUCGUUCCUUCACUGUGGUGUCUACGGACCGCCGCAACUUCUUGUUCUCUUCCAGCUUCAAGGGAAACACCCAGAUCUUUGAGCAUAUUAUCAUCGACUUGAGUUUGUGAGCCCCGGUCAGGACUCGGGGUCUGUAGUCUUCCAUCAUGCAAAGGAGAGAAAGAGACAGCAAUGUCUUGCGGCAUUUAUCAGGUAUUUAUUCAUACUCAGUGUUUCAUGUAUUUCUAUAGGGGUUUUUCUGGAAUUAAUGUCUGCCUUGCUGUACCAUUUUAUCUGUUUCAUACACACGCCUAAGAAAUAAUGACAGACGGCUGCUGGAUAAAGGCCAGUAUGCAAACCUUUUUCUUCAUUUGGCUGGUGACACUCAAACUGCCACAGUUCCAGUGGUGACAUCAACUGCCUUAUCUCAGAUGGGUUAUGUGUCUCUGUGGUGUCUGACUGUAAGAGGCUUUCUUCAUAACUGGGAUCAGGAAAUCUGGGGGAAAGGAGAAUAUCUUCUCAAAGUAGACAGAGCUGUACUAAGCACAAAUUAUUACCGAUUUGGACAAAUGUUUUUUUUUUUUUAAAUGGGCUUUGCUUCAGAUCAAGGCAGCCUGCUUUAGUAGAAAUGGUUUUGUCUACAGAACCGUCCACUUUGUUACGCCACCUGCUGAAGAUUACUGCUUUUUCAUGCACCAGGCUGAGUUCAGGUUAGGUCAGACCGAGCUGCUUAGUAUGCUUAGUAUCCUUUCCCCCAUGUCCACCCUCAUUCAAGUUCACUCAACCCUGAUUCACCAUGCAAUUCUGUUUGGCUCUUCUUCAUCCCAUAGGCCUCUGGGUUUUGUGUCCACCUUGCGUUUGUCUGCAUGGCCCCGAUUAUUAAAUACAAAAUCUGUCAGGGCUGCCCGGUGGAUGGGAGGUGGGGAGCAGAUGCAGAAAGUUAGAAGAUGUUGCUGUUGACAGAACAUGAUCUUGUAGGAUUUGGGUGACAGGCCCGCCGUAUUCUGCAUGGAAACUUCUGUUUUACUUCCUAUUAAUUCUGCCAGUUUUCUUCACUGUUUGGGUCUCUUUCAAUGUCAGAUAGUUAAAUACAUAUUUCAGACACAUAACGCACUGUUUUACACUUUGGUCCAGUUUAUACAGUUUGACGUUUCUUGUGACGCAGUCCAAGUCUUGUACCUUUUUUAAUGGCAUCACGAAAUGACACCCUCCUUGGAUUUAAAUCAGGAACCUCACUUUUUGGUUAAAGGUUAAAGGCUUCCACCUGGAGCCCUCUGGUCUGGUAAUUAGUUGAGGCUAAUACAGAAUUCAAAUACAGAAUUAGAGUUCUUUGCAGUUGCAGCAAAGUAUUCAUUAAUUUCCAGCGUGGAACAAUAGACCACAAACCUCCUGUGAUGAAUUUCUUAACGAAUGUUGGUAAUCAUUACAGUCUAGUACAUCAUGUUAAUAUGUUCAGAUUCAAAGCCACUUUAAAUUGCUCAAGAUAUUUAAGUGCGAUUUAAUUAAGCUUCCAACAGCGUUCAAGUCUGAGAAACUGACCCACAUUUGUGCAGCUCAUUUUCAUAUUGGCUGUAGAACAUCACCCUCAACUAUGGAAUCAGCUAUUUCACUUGUGUAACACACGUGUUUCAUGGGAGAUACAGAGCAGCAGUCUGUGUCCCGUGAAAACAACAUCAAUUCUGAAGAAAUAAUGUCUUUCUGUACGUCAUGCCACUUGGAAUGCCGGUCAAACGUUUGCGCACAACUUGAAAUGCAAUGCAGCUUGUUAAAGCAUGUCAGAAUGUACAUUCAAGUUUUAUACGACUAAUUUAAAACCUUGGAAAAAUCUGUAUUGACUCUACUACUUCUGCUCAUUUGGCAUUUCUCUGGCAUUGUAGC